GUUUUCAAAAAAAUGCAGAGAUCCAUAGACUGAAACCACUGUGCUUAUCAACCAGACGACCAGGGUAGUCGGUUGUCAGCGCGGGCAAUUGAGACCCCGAGAUCGAAGGGUAUAGUGAGCUUGUGGUUGAUGCAUCAGGUGAUUGUGGGAAAAGGCGGGUCAGUUGCAAUCACGGGCAAAUAAUAUGGCCGACGCUGAAGAAGGACUUGUCAAGGGAGAUACGAGCGAUGAACCCACGACCUAUGGUUCGGCUGACACAGGGGCAACGGACAAACCGCCCCCAUUUGACGCUGUACCUGGAGAAGAUCCUCCGUCUUAUAAAUCGGUGAUGCAGGAGCUUCGAGACGCAAAGAAGACGUCGAGUGGCUCAGUGGACCUAGCUACCAAGGUCUUGACUAUACUCAUCAAUACGGUACUUUUCACGGUGUUGAUGGCUGUGGUACUUGCUGUACCGAUUGCCAUGGUUAUCGUGGGUGCUAUUCACGUGAAUGACUGCCCAGUCCAGAGCCAUAUACCCGUCUUUCUGAUCGUCUCUGGGACUAUCUACAUCAUCAAGACGCUUUUGGAUCUGUGUGUCAGGGUUAAGAAACAACGGGAAGGUCAAGACGCUGACUUCUCAUUCAACGCACACAACUCCGUCAGCAGGGUCUUCGCUUGUGUCCUUCUCGUCUUCUUCAUCCUGGGUAACGUUUGGGUGUACGGCAACUUCAAACCCGACGAGGAUCCAACCAGCCCUAGCUACUGCCACCCAACUGUGUAUUACUUUUCCUUCUGGCUGCUCACACUAACCUACAUCGUCUUGAUAUUCGGAUGUUGCUGUGCAUGCUGUACCGUCUCUGUUGUGGGGAUUGGAUUGAUCUCAUAAAGAUGCGAGGAUGAUGGGAGGUCAGGGGUCGAUUACACACAGAGUUAGGUUAGGACUAGUCCUAUAGGAGAUAUUAAAUACUUGAGGCUAGUCCUAGUCCACCCGGGUAAAAGUCAGAAAGCAGGACAGUUCUUUUCAGAACUGAGAAGCAUCCCAAACACUUGAAUAAUCUACUCCGCGGUAGAAGAAUAAA